AAUUCCUAGAGGACCUGUGCAGCAGCCUCUUGAGGAUCGCAUCUUCACUCCCACGGUCUCAGCAGUCUAUAGUACGGUAACACAAGUAGCACGGCAGCCUGGACCUCCGGCCCCUUGCCCUUAUUCAGCACAUGAAAUAAACAAGGGGCAUUCGAAUCUUGCAGCAACGCCCCCGGGACAUGCGUCGUCCCCUGGACUCUCUCAAACCCCUUAUCCCUCUGGACAGAAUGCAGGUCCAACCACGUUGGUAUACCCUCAAGCCCCUCAGACAAUGAAUUCACAACCUCAAACCCGUUCUCCGCCCAGCAGAACAGUGCCAAUACAUUGCACAGACAACUGGAAGAGGAGGAAGGUUUUGGAACAGACUCCCGUUUACAGGUCCUUGGCUGGAAGAGGCUGGAUAAAAUACUGCAUUUUUGCAGCGGGGCCUCGACCUGCCCAUCAUCAGGGAGGAUUCAGACCCAUCCAGUUUUUCCAGAGGCCUCAGAUACAGCCUCCUAGAGCCACCAUCCCUAACAGCAGUCCAUCUAUUCGUCCUGGUGCACAGACUCCCACGGCCGUGUAUCAGGCAAAUCAGCACAUCAUGAUGGUUAACCAUCUGCCCAUGCCGUACCCAGUGCCCCAGGGUCCUCAGUACUGUAUACCACAGUACCGUCAUAGUGGUCCUCCUUAUGUUGGGCCUCCACAACAGUAUCCAGUUCAACCACCAGGACCAAGUCCUUUUUAUCCUGGACCAGGACCAGGGGACUUCCCCAGUGCAUAUGGAACACCUUUUUACUCAAGUCAGCCAGUGUAUCAGUCCGCACCUAUCAUAGUGCCUACACAGCAACAGCCCCCUCCAGCCAAGAGAGAAAAAAAAACUAUAAGAAUUCGAGAUCCAAACCAGGGAGGUAAAGACAUAACUGACGAGAUUAUGUCUGGAGGUGGCAGCAGAAAUCCCACUCCACCCAUAGGAAGACCCACAUCCACACCUACUCCUCCUCAGCAGCUGCCCAGCCAGGUCCCUGAGCAUGGCCCUGUAGCGUAUGGGACUGUGGAGAAUGCUCAUCUUGCUGCCAGCACUGCGGUCACUGCAGCUAGCGACCAGAAACCAGAAGAGAAGCCAAAACCAGAUCCAGUGUUAAAGUCUCCUUCCCCAGUCCUUAGGCUAGUCUUCAGUGGGGAGAAGAAGGAACAAGCAGGCCAGACCUCUGAGACUGCUACAGUAGAAUCCAUCCCAGAGUUUCCUCUGCCUCCGUCUCCUACCACAGUUUCUCCAGUUGUUCGAAGUACGGUUGCUUCCCCCACCUCUGCUACUCUUAUUAGUCAACCAAUAUUCACUGCUGCUGUAGACGACAGACAUGAACUCUCUUCCUCAAAAGAAGAUAUAGUUCCUAUACCCAACCCCAAAUCUUGCCUAGAAACAUCAAACCCUUCACCAACAGUUGAAAUUGAUGAUGAUAUAUGCAAGAAACCCUGUAGUGUAGCACCUAAUGAUAUUCCACUGAUUUCUAGUACUAACCUAAUUAAUGAAAUGAAUGGAGUUAGUGAAAAGUCUCCAGCCACAGAAAGCAUUGUGGAAAUGGUAAAACAUGAGGUGUUACCGUUGACUCUUGAAUUGGAAAUUCUGGAAAACCCCCCAGAAGAAAUGAAAGUGGAGCGGGUUCCACUUCCCAUCACCCCUUCCACAGUUUCUUCCUUUUCUCCAGCUCCUCCAACUCCUCCAGCUUCUCCUCCCACUUCAGUCAUUGUUGCUGCCACCACUACUGUUAAUAUUCUGAGUGCUCCCUCUGUAGUCCAGAGAGCCUUGGAAGAGGAAGAGAGCCUAAGAACUUGCCUUAGUGAAGAUACAAAAGAGAUUCAAAACAAAACUGAGAUAGAAACAGAUGGACAAACAGAAGAAAUUAUGGAUUCUCAGAAUUUAAGUUCAAGAAAGAGUCCUGUCUCAGCUCAAACAGUUGCAACUGUACCAAAGAUGUGGAAGAAACCAAAAGAUCGGACACGAACCACUGAAGAGAUGUUAGAGGCAGAAUUGGAGUCAAAAGCUGAAGAAGAGGAGUUUUCAAUUGUUAGAGUGCUUGACUCUAAACAAGAUAAACUAAGCCAAGGGUUUCAUCCUGAGGGAGAACCCUGUGACCUGAAAAAGAUGAAAGCUGUGGAAGAGAACGGAGAAGAAGCUGAGCCUGUGCGUAACGGUGCUGAGAGCAUUUCCGAGGGCGAAGGAGUAGAUGUUAAUUCAGGUUCCACCGAUAGCUCUGGUGACGGGAUUACAUUCCCAUUUAAACCAGAGUCCUGGAAGCCUGCUCAUACUGAAGGCAAGAAACAGUAUGACAGAGAUUUUCUCCUGGACAUCCAGUAUAUGCCAGCCUGUGUCCAAAAACCAGAGGGCCUACCUCCCAUCAGUGAUGUGGUUCUUGAUAAGAUCAACCAGCCCAAACUGCCAGUGCGAACACUGGAUCCUCGGAUUUUACCUCGAGGGCCAGACUUUACUCCAGCCUUUGCAGAUUUUGGGAGGCAAACACCUGGUGGAAGAGGUGUACCUUUGUUGAAUGUUGGACCACGGAGGUCUCAGCCUGGCCAGAGAAGGGAACCCAGAAAGAUCAUCACAGUUCCUGUAAAAGAAGACGUGCAUUUGAAAAAAGCAGAGAAUGCCUGGAAGCCCAGCCAGAAACGAGAUAGCCUAGCUGAGGAUCCCGAAAAUAUAAAAACCCAGGAACUUUUUAGAAAAGUUAGAAGUAUCUUAAAUAAAUUGACACCACAGAUGUUCAACCAACUGAUGAAGCAAGUGGCAGGGCUUACUGUUGACACUGAGGAGCGGCUGAAAGGAGUCAUUGACCUGGUCUUUGAGAAGGCUAUUGAUGAACCCAGUUUCUCUGUGGCUUACGCAAACAUGUGUCGAUGUUUAGUAACGCUGAAAGUACCCAUGGCAGAUAAGCCUGGUAACACAGUAAAUUUCCGAAAGCUGUUACUAAACCGUUGCCAGAAGGAGUUUGAAAAAGAUAAAGCAGAUGAUGAUGUCUUUGAGAAAAAGCAAAAAGAACUUGAAGCUGCCAGUGCUCCAGAGGAGAAGACGAGGCUUCAUGAUGAACUGGAAGAAGCCAAGGACAAAGCUCGGAGGAGAUCCAUUGGUAACAUUAAGUUUAUUGGAGAACUCUUUAAACUCAAAAUGCUGACUGAAGCCAUCAUGCAUGACUGUGUGGUGAAGCUCUUAAAGAACCAUGAUGAAGAAUCCCUAGAGUGUUUGUGUCGCCUUCUCACUACCAUUGGCAAAGACCUAGACUUUGAGAAAGCAAAGCCACGUAUGGACCAGUACUUUAAUCAGAUGGAGAAAAUUGUGAAAGAAAGAAAAACUUCAUCUAGGAUUCGAUUCAUGCUUCAAGAUGUGAUUGACCUAAGGCUGUGUAAUUGGGUAUCUCGAAGAGCAGAUCAAGGGCCUAAAACUAUUGAACAGAUUCAUAAAGAGGCCAAAAUAGAAGAACAAGAAGAGCAAAGGAAGGUCCAGCAGCUCAUGACCAAAGAAAAGAGAAGACCAGGUGUCCAAAGAGUGGAUGAAGGUGGAUGGAACACUGUACAAGGGCCCAAGAACAGUCGCGUACUAGACCCAUCAAAAUUCCUGAAAAUCACGAAGCCCACAAUUGAUGAAAAAAUUCAACUGGUACCUAAAGCACAGCUGGGCAGCUGGGGAAAAGGCAGCAGCGGUGGAGCGAAGGCAAGCGAGACUGAUGCCUUACGGUCAACUACUUCCAGUUUAAAUAGAUUUUCUGCUCUACAACCUCCAGCGCCCUCUGGAUGCACGUCAGCUACACCUUUAGAGUUUGAUUCCCGAAGGACCUUAACCAGUCGUGGAAGCAUGAACAGGGAGAAGAAUGACAAGCCACUUUCAUCUGCAACAGCUCGUCCAAACACUUUCAUGAGGGGCAGUAGCAAUAAAGACCUGUUAGACAAUCAGUCUCAGGAAGAGCAGCGGAGAGAGAUGCUGGAGACUGUGAAGCAGCUGACAGGAGGCGUGGAGGUGGAGAGGAACAGCUCAGAGGCUGACCGAAACAGAGGGAGGGAGUCAGGGAAACCAGAAAUUUCAGCAGUGUCAGCCCCUGAGAAGACUACAUUUUCUGAGGAAGAAAUGGAGAGGAAGUCUAGACCUAUCAUUGAUGAAUUUCUACACAUUAAUGAUUUUAAGGAGGCCAUGCAGUGUGUGGAAGAACUGAAUGCCCAGGGCCUGCUACAUGUGUUCGUGCGAGUGGGAGUGGAGUCUACCCUAGAGAGGAGCCAGAUCACCAGGGAUCACAUGGGUCAGUUACUGUAUCAGCUGGUACAGUCAGAGAAACUCAGUAAACGGGACUUUUUCAAAGGUUUUUCAGAAACCUUGGAAUUGGCAGAUGAUAUGGCCAUUGACAUUCCCCAUAUUUGGUUGUACCUUGCUGAACUGGUGACUCCCAUGUUAAAAGAAGGUGGAAUCUCCAUGAGAGAACUUAUUAUAGAAUUUAGCAAACCUUUACUUCCUGUUGGAAGAGCUGGGGUCUUGCUUUCUGAAAUAUUGCACCUUCUAUGCAAACAAAUGAGCCAUAAGAAAGUGGGAGCCUUAUGGAGGGAGGCUGAACUCAGCUGGAAGGACUUUCUACCAGAAGGGGAAGAUGUGCAUCAUUUUCUCUUGGAGCAGAAGUUGGAAUUUUUAGAGUCUGACAGUUCCUGUUCCUCAGAAGCACUUUCAAAGAAAGAACUCUCUGCUGAUGAGUUGUAUCAGCGCCUUGAGAAACUCAUUAUUGAGGAGAAAGCAAAUGAUGAACAGAUCUUUGACUGGGUAGAGGCUAAUCUAGAUGAGAGCCAAAUGAGUUCACCUACAUUCCUUAGAGCUUUAAUGACAGCUGUUUGUAAAGCAGCUAUUAUAGCUGACUGUUCUACCUUCAGAGUGGACACUGCUGUUAUCAAGCAGAGAGUGCCGAUCUUACUCAAGUACCUGGACUCAGAUACAGAGAAGGAACUGCAAGCACUUUAUGCACUGCAAGCAUCAAUAGUAAAACUUGAUCAGCCUGCGAGACAGGACCUCAGUAUGUUGUCCAAGCUGGUCUCGUGCUCUGAAACUCAAGUGAUCCUCUCGCCUCCACCUCCAAAGUAGCUAGAAGUAUAGGCACAUGCCUCUGCACCCAGCUCCAGAUCUGAAGUUUUGUUGUAUUUAUAUGAGAAAUUUAAUUCUUAUUCUAGGGCAAGGCUGAUAAAACUUCCUGCAUUGAUGGAAAUGUAGGGGUGCCACUCAAUAUGGUAACUGUAAGCCUAAGUUAUUCACGUAAAUGUGACUGUUAUGACUAAGGAACUAAAUUUUUCAUUUUCUUUAAAUUUAAAUAGCCAGGGGCUGGACAUAUAGCUUGGUGGCAUAAGCACCUGCCUGACAAGCAUGAGGUCAUGAGGUUGAUCCCCAGUACCAAAUAAAUAAAUUUAAAUAGCCACAUGUGGCUAGUGGCUACCAUAUAGGACAGUAAAGAUCAGUGGAACAUGGGGCUGGGGAUUUAGCUCAGCGGCAUAAGCACCUGCCUUGCGAGCAGGCAGUUGUGAGUUCGAUCCCUGGCACCGAUAAGAAAAAAAAAAAAAAUGAAAGACAAAAAAAAAAGUUUAAUUAAAAAAAAAAAAAAAGAUCAGUGAAACAAAAAUGGCCAGUGGUCUUGAGGAUGAUACUCUGUAAGAUCCUUAGAUAGCUGAUAAAACCCUACUAGUAUCUGUGGUAUAUUUACCAGGCAUUUUAGAAUACUUUCCAGGUUAAAAGUUAUCAUUGGUUUUUGGCUAACCAGACCAAAAAAUAAGGUAGCCCAUACACAAGUUUUAGUGAUAUGGCUUAAUUAAGGAAUUCUAUUACUUAAUCUUGAAGAUUCUGUUGCAGUUUGUGGAAAGCAGGGAUAUGUGGUUGAGAGAGAGCCUUUAAGUUGUUCUUAGGCACUUCCUUAGGUUACAGGUUUUGCUAAAUUCUCCAUUCCGGUGCUACUGAAUCCCUUUGGGAGAUAAAAUGGUUGAAAUAAAUUAUCCUCAAAGUGUAUAAGUGAAGAGACACACAGAUCUGAAUCAGAAACUUUGUUUUCCUUCUCUCUGGGUCUUUGAAAGAUCAUAUAACAGCAUGGCUUCUUGUUCUAUACUGUUAUAUGGUAGUUAUACUAACUUUUGAAAUGAGAUGGCCAACUAGUUAGAUAAAAUUGACAGCAGUGUGCGCAAACAAAUUAAAGUAACUGAAAUUAUUAAUUUCAGUAGUCCCUGAAGAGCAGAUUAGCUGUAGAUUCUAUUUUCCUGUAAACCACCCAGGGCUUACAGGAUGCAAAGUGAUUUUUCCAGGCAUGGUAGCACACUACUUGAGACCCAGAUAGCAUCUCCAAAUAAAGUACUAAAGUAAUCAGUUCUCCCUGGAUGUAAAGACAGUAAAAAUUUUCAUUUAACUUUUUUAAAGUUUGUUUUGGUUUUUGUUUUGUUUUUUGAGACAGGGUCUCACUUUGUAGUGCAAGUUGGUCUUGAUCUCACUAUGUAGCCCAGGCUGGAUUCAAACUUGCAGUGUUCCUCCUGCCUCAGCCUCCAAGUACUAGGAUUACACUUUGCACCACCAGACAUGGCUAUGGAUUGAGAAAUACAUAAUAUAAAACAAAUUCAACAUUAUUAUAGUUCAAAUUGAAUAAAAUAAAAGGAAUACAGACAUCUUUUGCUCUUAUUACAGUAUGAAAAGUGAGUAGGAUGAAUUGUCCUAGAUGCUGUUAUGCAGGAGAAUGAAUGUCAUCCUUCAUUAAUUCACUCAUUAAUUGCUUUUCCUCUCAACUGUAGUGCUCCAAAA